AUGACUUGGGCAGUUGUGGCUGCGGCACCCUCGGCAGAUGUGCGUUCCAUGCCCAAGGUCCUCGCUGAUGGUCUCAUCAAGCUCGCCAACAAGAGCGACAAGCAACGUGCCAAGCUUGCCCUCCUGCCUGACUUUGGUGGCGAGAAGGCCGGAGCUCCCCAAUGGCCGCAUCUGCGACCUGAUGAAGAACACCGGCAGACUCGCCGCCGUGAUCUCUUCAAUGCCCCUGCCUACUGGGCGACUGCCAUUGAGAAGGCCAAGAAGGCUGUCAUUGAGUUCGAGAAGAAGGGUAGCAAGGACUUCAAGGAUGCGCACAAGGAGGGUUUCAUCUCUGGCCUGGUCUCCGCUGGUGCCCCCAAGGCCGGUGACCGUGAGCCCGUUGCUUCUUCCUCCUCCUCCUCCUCCUCCACUGGCAAGUGCAAGCGCGCCUCACCUCUGAAGGGCAAGCUGUCUGGGUACAAGCCUGUCGUGGCUGGUGUCAGUGCUCGUGCUCAGGCUGCUGGCUGGUAUGACUGUGAAUGCAAGCGUCUCAGACUUGCUGAUGAUGUUCCCUCCAUUGAUGUUGAGGUCAUUGAGCAGCUUGGUGGUCACGACUGCAUCAAGGCCAUGAAGCCCACUGCCGCCCAGUACGGCUCCAACACCAAGACACUGUCCCUUGGUAUUGCCUUCCCCGGUGGUGCCAAGGAUGUCCUUGGUGGCAUGGCUUUCUGUGUGAUGAAGACCAUCCGUGAGCAGUACACUGCCCCUCUCCACAAGAAGGGCCUCCCCACCAAUGACAAGGUCACCAAGUCCAAUGCUGUGUCCAAGCUUGAGCUGUGGAUUGACGCCAACGGUUACACUGAGACGUGCAAGAAGCGCAGUGUGAUGGCCUACAAGGCCCUCUGCUGCAUCCAUGAUGGUCUCAAGCCCACCAGCGAGGCCAAGGACAACCCUGUGCAGGCCAAGGCCCUUGUGCACUGGGCUCCCAAGGUGAUCAGGAAGCUUGAACGCCAGGUGCCCAAGAAGGUGCGUGUCAACGUGGGCAAGGGUGCGUUGGAGAAGCAGAUCAUGGACGCUCUUGAGGAACUGGGCAUGGGCAUCCCUGCUGGUCUGUGUGGCAAGAAGCUCAUCACCAGGUUCAGGAAUGACAUGAGCCGUUACUUGGACAAGGUGCCCACCUGCGACGCCAAGGGUGAGUUCAUGAUGAAUGAGGGAGACAAGUUCACCAUCUACAAGGGCAUCAAGAAGGCAGGCAUGAAUCACCGUGCUUACACAUCAACAGGCCUGUCUGAUACGCUGGCAAGGGCAAGAACAAGGACUGUGUGCUCUUCAAGAAGGCCAGUGAAAUCUGAGUAUGUGUCCAAAAGAUAA